AUGUAUGCGGUUAAUCUCCUGAUGGAUAUGGAUGUGGCUUGGCUUCGGCAUUUAACAGUAAUGGGAAGCAAUUUUGCUAUCAGUAGAGACCCAAAUCCCGACCUUCAGCCCGAUCCCACGUGGAAAGAACACAACACCAUAUCCUCUCUUCUCUCUCGACCCACCACCACCGAUGGGCACCCUAAACUCCCCCACCACCACCACGAUCUCCUCUCUUCUCUCUCCUCCGUGAUCACACUCUCCUCUCGUCGGCCGUCGCAACACCAACACGAGCAACCCCAAACCCGCCCCUACCACCAACGAUGGGCAACCCCAAACCCGGCCCCUACCACCACCGACGCACCACCACCAUCUCUCUCUCACAGUGACUGGUUUGGCCCUUAUGAGCUUCUCAACUUCACUCUUCUUGGACCCUACUCAUUUGCAAUUAUCGAUGUACCAAUGUACUUCAGGCACAAGACGUACGUGCAAUGACCUGCAGCGAUUAUCAAUGUACCAAUGUACUUCAAACACAAGACGUACGUGCAAUGACCGGUUGAUAGAGGCUCAAGACAUACGUGCAAUGACUGGUUGAUACGGAAGAAAUGUUUAUCGUCUUUUAGCUGUAAAUAUAUUUGUGAUAGGUUUUUUUUUUUUGUGAGGGAUUGAUGAUGGAUGAGUAAGACAAUGCAACAAAAUUGCUUGUCUUUGUUUAAAUAUUUAGAUAGAGUUGGGAAAUUAGUCUCUUUGGAUAGUCACAUGCAUUUGUAAAAUUGCUUCUGUAGGUAGUUAGGAAUAACAGUCAGCGUGGGAUGUAUUUGAAUUCUUUUGUAAUUGAUUUGGUUGGAACUAUUCUGUGCUGUGUGAAAGAGUUACGAUACAAGUAUUGAAAUAUUGGCAAUAAACAGUGUACAAUUUUCAGUUU